AUGACCGCCGCAUGCAUCCGCAAGCGAUGGCCGCCCAAAAAGCACCAAAAUCUCCAAUUAGAGGCAGCCUCAAAAGUCGGGAGGUUUAAGUACCGUGUCAUCCAGACUGAACUGUCGUCAAUUCUAUCAGCCCCCAACGCAGACCGCGGCUUUCUUUGUUGUAAGGGAUCGCUGCAACGGCCACCUCUCCAGAUCAGACCUGUGGAGGUUCCAACAGUUACACCUGUCCAGGAUCUCAAUGCUGCAGUCAAUACAAUUGGUGGUAAGGUUAACCUCGAUGAUGAUAGACGAGACUGCGAAGAAUUACCAAAGCUGACCUGGUACACUAGCGGAACAACUGACGCACACUGCGGAACAGGAUGUCAAUCCAAGUUCGGCAAAUGCACCACUGGCUCUAGCAGCAGCGGGAGCGGCAGCACCGGCACUAACGGCAAGGUCAGCUCGGAUGGCACCUGUGGCGGCACCGCGGGAUACACCUGUAAGGGAAGCACUUUCGGAACCUGUUGCAGCCAGUGGGGAUAUUGCGGCAACACAGAUGCCCAUUGCCUCAACUCUUGCCAGUCAAAGUUUGGUGACUGCAGCUCCGUCACCAACGGUGGCAAGACGGUCAGCCAGGAUGGAACCUGCGGUGGAACAGGUGGAAAUACGUGUCGAGGUAGCAACUUCGGUGACUGCUGCAGUCAGUGGGGAUAUUGUGGCUCGUCUACCGAUCACUGCAGCACCGGCUGCCAAUCAUCCUUUGGAACCUGCUCUGCGUCCUCAGGCGGAGGGGCUGCAGCCUCUUCUUCAGCAGCGCAGCCUGCAUCCACUGGCGUCAAGACGAGUCCAGACAACACUUGUGGUGGCUCCAAUGGUUAUACAUGCCCAUCUGGGUUGUGUUGCUCGAAGAAUGGAUACUGCAACACCGGCGACGACUUCUGUGGCUUUGGAUGCCAGAAAUCUUUUUCACUAGGGACGUGUUCAACCUGCCCUGGCUCAGCAUGCGCAGGUACGGUGACCAGCAACCCAACUUGCUCCGCAAACAACGGCUACUGCUGGACAUUGAGUUCGAAGAAGUUCCAGAUCAUUUGCGGAAGGCUUGCCUCCGGAGACUAUCUUGGCUACGUCGAUGCCACAAGCUUGGGUGAUUGCAUUUCGAAGUGUGCUGCAAACUCAGCGUGUGUCGCUGCUUCAUUCUAUCAGGGCAGUAGCACAAGCUGUAGUUUACUGAGCAGUUAUCAAGGGUCUGCUUAUGGCAACUCGGCAGGUGGUCAGCAGAACCAUGCUUACGUCCGCGGUUCCAGCUGCGGGUGA